AUGACAAACGGUGAUGCCCAUCAUACCAUGAAGUUGUCCCAACUAUACGUGUGGCUCUCGCUCCACGUGGUGCUAGCCGUGGCCUCCUCCGGCAUCUCUAAAUUCACGCCUUUCGACUCGCCUGAGUACUGUUCACAAAUCAUCACUCCCACUUGCAACACCACGUUCUCGUACAUCGACGACCUCAACGACCAUAUCCGCGUGUCUUUGUCCAAGUUGGUGCAGACUUCGUACUUCCGCUACUUCAAACUCAACUUCGAGAAGCAGUGCAAGUUCUGGAACGCCCAGCACUUCUGUGCCACUGAAAACUGUGCUGUGGAGAUCUUAUCGCCCUCCCAGUACAACUGGAGCAACGUGACCAACGACGACCUUCGUCCCUUGAAAUUAGGUAAGAUCAACUUGGAGCAACCUGCCACAGAUGACGACGACGCCCAGGACACCGACGCCACCUGCGAGGACUUGGACUACACCCACAUCGACGACGACCACCAGUGCGUCUACGUCGACUUGUUGAACAACCCCGAGCGUUUCACUGGGUAUGGAGGUGCCCAGGCGUUCAACGUGUGGAAGGCGAUCUACUCCGAGAACUGCUUCCCCAACAGUGCGAGUGAAGAAAACCACCAUCUCACGGUGUCGGACGCUGACGAGGACGACACCUGUGUGGAGAAGAACUUGUUCUACCGGGUGGUCAGCGGAUUGCACGCAUCCAUCGCCGUGCACUUGUCCAACGAGUACUUGGACUCCGAAACCGGCGAGUUCUACCCCAACUUGAAGGUGUUCAUGGAGCGCGUAGGACGCUUCAACGACAGGUUGUCCAACAUCUACUUUAACUACGCCUUGGUGUCGCAAGCGUUGGUCAAAUUGAACAACUUGGUGUCCUUGCAUGAGCUUAUCGAGUUCGACGAGAGUCACACCCACAACGAGGCUCGCCACAAGUUCGUCAACAACGAAGAGCCUACCGAAAACUACGACGAGUUAUUGGGCCAGAUCAUCCCCAUGAUUUCCUCGAACACCUUGUUUGACACCUCAUCGUUGUUCAACCCCGAAUCGGUAUCUCCAGGGUUGAAGGAUGAGUUCAGAUCCAGAUUCAAGAACAUCUCUGCUAUUAUGGACUGCGUGGGAUGUGACAGGUGCAGAAUGUGGGGCAAGUUGCAGACCAUUGGCUACGGAACCGCGUUAAAGAUCUUGUUUGAGGGAGAAGACCCUAAAAACACCGAAAAGUUGAGAUUCAGAAGAAUUGAAAUCGUGGCCUUGUUCAACACCUUCGACAGAUUGUCCAAGUCGAUCGAAGCCAUCAACAGCUUCAAAACCAUGUAUUUACAGCAUCUUGAAGACGUCAGAAAAGGCAUCGCCAAGCCUGGCGAGUACGACAGAAAAAAUGAGAGCAACGGAUUGGCAUUCCCCUUCUUCAAGGUCCCAGAAACUGCCAGCAAACCCGAGGUUGCUGCCCCCAAAAAGGCCUCACCCAAGAAGAUCUCCCCUAGCAAGAUUGAUAAGUCGCCUUUGGGCAUUGCUAAGGCCAAGAAGGCCUCCGACAGAACCUUUGUGGAAGAAUUGAGACUUGCCAUCGACGAUGUUGCGCAAGCCACCCGUUUUGUGCUUUGGAGCUAUAAGACGCUACCUUCCACACUCUGGAAGAUCUCAUUGAUGUACUUGAACCAGGGCUGGAACUUGCUUAUCGGUACGCCCCACAGCUACAAGUACCACUCGGAGCUCCUGAUGAACAAGAACCAGGACGACAUCAACUACGAGAACCUCUUUUCUGACAGUUAG